GGUUUCCCAGUCUGUAGGCACGUAUAUGAUAAACAAAGAUCAAAGUGUAAGAUGCGUUGUAGCUUCAUACGUCAUCCUUUGGUGCAAGGUCAGCCGUUAGAAUUUGUCAUAACAAUCCGGUCUCAAUGCUUAGACCUGGACUGUCAGUAACGGCUGAGGUGGUACUUCUUUUGUCAACUCUGACCAACGGAACUGGCGCAAAGAGUCUCACCGAGUUGGUCUGCCAAAUAAAUCCUCAGCAUUGCCGGCCACAAAAAUCACAACAUGAGAAAGAAAGUCCAGGCAACUUCCUACCAUCUGCGCCUCAUUUAGCCUCUCCAAGUGCUGCAGAGUUUGCAAGAUGGCAGAAUUAUGAAAAGGGAGAAGCCGGAACGGGGAUCACUCCAGAUUCUGGUCCUGGUUUCGGCCCAGGUCUCGGUAACGUCAACAUCGCAACGGGUCUUGGUGUUCAAACCCCCGUCGGAGGACUAGGGAUUCGCCGAGAUUUUGACUUAGCUUUCGGCGGAUCCGGGCGAAGCGGUGGGCAAAGUUUUGGGUUUGGAAACGGACAUCAGCGUGACAUUGGUUCUGCACCGUGGGCGUGGCCUUAGAAGUAUGUUCUCC